UCGAAGCUCCGAGCGGGAGGAAGUCAGCAGUCACCGUACUUUGAAGACAUUUGUGGGGGUUUUAUUUUUUUCACGGGAUGGACACAACGACAUCAAUGAAGGCGCUGCUGCUCGCCAUGCAUCAGUAUGAAGGCGGCAGGAACGCUCACAGUGCGGCGCAGCUCCUCAAACAAGUACAGGAAGUUUCCGCCCUCAAAUGUGACCAUCUGCUGUCCUCGGGUCAGCUGUUGCCCACUGAGUGCGUCCACGGGCUGGUGGAGCUAACCGGAAACACUAACACGUGUCCCAUUGUAGCCGGCGCCAUCGUGUCCUUGCUGUCGCAGCUCGCAUGUGAUGAUGACAGCAGGACAAUGCUUCACUGUAACUUCAACCUCAUCAGCAUCCUGGCCUCGCUCAUUCAUCGUCACAGCGCUACCCCAGGUGACACUCUGGUACUGCAGAGUUUACAGUUGCUGCAGAAGCUGACCUACAAAACUCGCAUCUUCCCGUCCACAAACUACGUCCACGAACUCAUCGGCUUCCUCAUGUCCAACAUCCAGUCGCAAAGUGAUGACAUCAUCAUGCCAUGCCUCGGCCUCAUGGCCAACCUGUGUCGUGAUAACCAAGCUGUGCAGAAUCAUAUCAAGUCACUGGACAAUGUGAAGCCGUUUUACAGGACACUGAUCAACUUUCUGGCCCGCAACAGUCUGACCAUGGUGGUGUUCACGUUGUCCAUCCUGGCCAGCCUGACUCUCAACGAGAAUGUCGGCGAGAAGGUCUUUGGUGCCAAGAACAUCCACCAGACCUUUCAGCUGGUCUUCAACAUCAUUGUCAAUGGUGACGGCACCCUGACACGAAAAUACUCUGCUGAUCUUCUGGUUGAUAUCUUGCACAACCCAAAAAUCGCAGAUUAUCUCACUCGGUACCAGUACUUCUCAGCGUGUGCCUCUCAGCUUUUCGGAUUAUUGCAGUCAAAUGAUGUCGACUCAGCGGCCAAGGUUCUGGAGCUGCUCCUCGCCAUGUGCGGUGUGUCAGGUCUGCGCCCGCUGCUGUGCCAGGUGCUCUUUAAACCGGUGGGACCCAAGCUCAGGGUGGCGAGUCGGAGGCAAGGGGCAGCGCUGGAACCCAAGGCUGAGUCUGGGGUGGCACUGGUGCACUGGCUCAGCUCACCUGUGGGGGGCGCCGAGGCCUGCUCGCUGCAGGUGCUGCGGCUGCUCAAAGAACUGCUGGAGGACGCAUUGCGUGCCGCCAGCAUGCCUGACGGUGUCCACAUUUUUGUGGAAAUGCUCCUUCCUGUUGUGCUGGAUUUUGUUAAGGGCCUGGACCCCACCGCCCAUGACGACACCCACCUGAGGCAACACGGCGAGCGCAUCAUUCAUGUCAACGGAGUGCUACUUGUCCUGUGCAGCGAUGACGCCACGCGGGCGCUGGUCUCACACCAGGUGAGCGCCCAGUUGUGCCUCUCGCAGGUGGAGAUACUGCUCGCCUGUUGUCAUGGUAACAGCCCCUUGGCCUGGCUGCCUCCCGGUACAGACAACAGCCUCAGUCAGGUGUGUGCUGAGGCUCUGCUCAGUACUUUGGAGUUGAUGAGCAAACUGCGGCAGCAGGUGAGCGACAUGGAGACCAGCUUCUACCGGAUGCUACAGGACCAGAGGAUAGCCACACCCCUCGCACUGGCCUUGACAUCGCAUCACAGAGAGCACGUGCAGACCGGCUUUGCUCUACUCUUAGAGGCCGUGGCACUCCCGGACUUCCCGUCACUGGUCCUCGGUGAGAGCAUGGCCGCCAACAACGCUUACCGGCAGAGGGAGGCCAAGCUGUCCGUCAAGCGUGUUGCCGUGCAAGAAGUCCAGCCUCCUCGUACGAACGCCCGCGGACUGGAUGUGUCAGCCUCGUCCAACGGUGUUCACAGCCUGGUGGAGAAGCUCCACAGCGCCAUGGAGCUGCAGGAGCAGGCCAAGGACGCGCACGUGUCUGACAUCAUUGACGUCUACGAACAGAAGCUCGCCGCACUCGCAUCUGAGGAGAGUCGCCUUCAGGACCUGCUGGAAGCGAAGGCAGUUGCGCUGUCUCAGGCCGACCGCCUCCUUGCUCAGCAUCACUUCCAGCGAGCUCAGGCCGAGGCCGAGGCCCGCAAGCUGGCCAGUCUUCUGAAGGAGGCAGAGCGGCGGCGUGAAGACCUUCAGGGCGAGCUGGGCGUCCAGCUGGAGGAGGCGCAGCGCUCCAAGGCUGACACGGAGGAGCUGCUGCAGCACAACGCUAGACUGCAGCUGGCCUCAGAGGAGCACCAGGCCCUCAAAGCCACCUACAACUCCCUGCUCCACAGGUUUAAUGAAGGUGAGUGUCUGCUGAAGGAGCUUCAGACAGCUCAUGCCACUCUCAACAAAACCAACGACGCACUGAGGACGAACCACCAAGCUCUGCAGCUGCAGCAUGACAAGACCGCGUUGCUGUUGCAGGAGAAGGAGGAGGAGAUCACAUCGCUGCGUUCAGACAUGCGACUAAAGGAUGAUGACAUUGCAGCUCUGCGAGAUGACCUGCGGGAAGCAGCGCACAAGGGGCAGGAGAAGGAGCUGCAGAGGCAGGAGCUGGAGGACGCGCUGGAUGCUUUGAGGAAGGAGCUGAGCAAGACUGAGCAGGCCAGGAAGGACGCUAGUAUCAAGGCAUCAUCACUGCAGCUGCAGAAGAGUCAGCUGGAGGCCAAGCUCAAGCAGCGCGAGGACGAGCUCAAUGAACACUCGGCCAUGAUUGCCAUGAUUCACAGCAUGAGCAGCGGCAAGAAGAAAGAUGUCAACCUCUCACUGUGAUACCCACCAAUUCGAGCAACAUCGCAAGCUACAACGGCAGCAACUACAAUGAAUCAUCCAAAGCAACAACAGUAGCAACAACAGAAACAACUAAACCAACAGCAAAAACAACAAAUGAAAUGACACAAAAAAAAAGAUUAUUUUUAAUUAAAAUGACUGCCUAAUGUAUUUAACUAUUUUAGUAUUUAAUAAAUAAAUUUAAUGUAUAUGAAUGUAACUAUACUGUA